GGACGUCCCCCAGGGAUCCCCCAGGAUCUCCCUGGCCCAGACACCAAGUGGUGGCCUUGGAAAGCAGAUGUCAGGCUCUGGUGUGCCUGUGACCACCUCAUUGCUCCCACACUGCCCUUACCAACCAGGGCUCCCAAGACCUGCCUCCUCUGCUCCUCCAUGAAUGACAAAUCCUGGUCUUCCCCACCUCAUGUUCUCUCACUGGGGGGUUGCUCCAUGCUCUCCCAUCUUCCCAAGGCCUUGGUUGGGAAGUGAGAAACCAGGUUUUAACUUGUGGCUGCUCCUGCUGCUGCUGCUCCUCUGUCUCUGGCUCUACAGGAGGAGAACCCAGCCCCUGCCCACCACAGGGGUCUCCUUCCAGGCCACUCAGGACAUUUUUAGCUUCUGGUCUCCUAUGUUCCCUUUUCCUCUGAACUCCCUGUCGUCAGUGCUCCCAACCCCCAGGAAGAGACUGCCCAUGAGAGUGGGGUUCUGAGGCUCCCCUAUGGGGACAGUUCCGUUCUUGAAGUGUCAGUGUUGGGGAAUAUCUGUGGCCUGCGAGGCCCAUCUCAGGUUUGGGGAUCCCCCAGUCCCUAUGUUCAGUGUUGGGGUACCCCUGGGAGCCUAGUUUCUUUGAGGCCCCAGCCCCUCUUUUAUCUACCCUUGAAUGGGUGUUACCCCUGUAUUUAUGGAAAUAAAGUUCCAUUUCCUCAGUGUGGCUUGGCUCAUUUCCAGGUGAGGGGGACCUGGCUCCCCAAGGAGGGUGGGGUUGGAGAGCCUGAGGCCUGGGUACCCGGAUGCUUGGUAUGGGGUGGGACCCCCUUGGUGUUUCCGUUCUCUCAAUGCCCAUUCUGUGUGGGUUCCUGAUUCUCUGCGGGUUCUUUCCUGCUGAGGACAAUUCUCUUCCUGUCCCAGCGUAAGAUUGGGGGGCUGAGCCCAGGGCUCCCUUGGUGUGCCCCUGCCUCAUGAGUGGAAUGCGCCCGCCACCCCAAGGCUAGACGAGGGGGCUAAGGGUCAGGGUGGGCAUUUGUUGUGCCCCUUUUUGACCUUUGUAGGCCAGAGCUGGGUGAGGGGCUGGACAAUGAGCCGCCUCUUCCUUGAAAGAAGGAAUUUUGGUGGAGACAAUAGGGCCCUGUCUGCUCUGACAUGGGGGGGCGGUAGCCGACUCAACUCUGCUCCCCCAGGCUCUAACAAAUGUCAUCGAGAAAUGGGGGCAAUUUUCCCCUAGUGCCCUCAGCUGCCCUCCUGCCCCUUUGUGACGACUUGCCCUUCUUUCUUUUCUCAGCUGAUCUUGCUUCUUCUCCCAUGACCUGACCCUGCUUUGUUCUCUGCCAGCUCUGUCUCUCUCCUUGCCCCCCAGUCCUCCCCCAGUCUGUGUUGGGUUGAAGUGGGAGGCAAGGGCCAGGGAUACUGGUGGUGUUAUAGAGCCAGUGGCCUCUGCUGAUUUGGGGGGUCCGGAAAUAAGGGGCCCCAGUGAGUUGGGAAGAUACUUCUAGGGGGCCCUUUGCUGGGGUGGGGGUGAGGGUAGUGGGACUUAGACCCACUGAGCUGACCAAGCUGGAGCUCUGGAAGAGGCUUGUGGGAGGGGGCAGGAAUGGGAGGACUCUGUCUGGCCCAGCCCCUCCUCUCCCUUGCAGCCUGCCCAGCCCGCCCACCAGUCUGAGCUGCUGCUGCUGAGGCUGGUCUGCCUGAAGUCUCCGGGAGAGAGGGAAAGAGCCGACAGAGUCUGGAGUCAAGGAGAAUCAUGAGGUCCAGGGCUGAGCUGUGCACUCGCUUAGGCGGACUCUCAUUCCUUCUGCUACUGAUGUCUGGCGAGGGGGCCAAGGGUGAAUCCUUCAAAGAGAGUCAGGGAGUCUGCUCCAAGCAGACGCUGGUGGUCCCGCUCCGUUACAACGAGUCCUACAGCAAACCAGUGUAUAAGCCCUACCUGACUCUCUGUGCUGGAAGGCGCAUCUGCAGCACCUACAGGACCACUUACCACGUGGCGUGGCGCGAGGUGAGGAGGGAGGUGCAGCAGAUCCAUGCUGUGUGCUGCCAGGGCUGGAAAAAGCGGCAUCCGGGAGCACUCACCUGUGAUGAAGCCAUCUGCGCCAAGCCCUGCCUGAAUGGAGGCGUUUGCGUUCGGCCAGACCAGUGCGAGUGUGCCCCUGGCUGGGGUGGGAAGCACUGUCACGUGGAUGUGGAUGAAUGUAGGACUGGCGUCACCCUCUGCUCCCACCGUUGCCUCAACACGGCAGGCAGCUUCACCUGUGGCUGCCCCCAUGGCUUGGUGCUGGGCCCUGAUGGGCGCACCUGUGCAGAGGGGUCUUCAGAGCCCCCAACCGGUGCCAGUAUCCUCAGCGUGGCGGUUCGGGAAGUGGAACAUGAUGAGCGCGCCCUGAGGCGGGAGAUUCGCGAGCUGCGAGGACGCCUGGAGCGGCUGGAACAGUGGGCUGGACAGGCAGGGGCCUGGGUCCGAGCGGUGCUGCCCAUGCCACCUGAAGAACUACAGCCCGAACAGGUGGCAGAGCUGUGGGGCCGGGGCGACAGGAUCGAGUCUCUCAGUGACCAGGUGCUGCUGCUGGAGGAGAGGCUAGGCGCCUGCUCCUGUGAGGACAACAGUCUGGGCCCAGGCCUCAAUCGGCGGAGAUAAGGAACCUCUGCAGAGCCCUAACCCCCUAAUUUAUACAGAAAACUGGACCCACUAAUCCUCUGGGAUUGGCCACCAUGGGAGCUGCAGAUAAGGUUAUCUGUCACUAAGGAGUAACAAGCAACGGAAACGUCAGAGAGCUGAAGAAAGGGGGAAGGAUGGUUGUCUUGGCCU